AUGCGUUUACAGCUGUUAGGGCUGCUCUGCCUGACGCUGGGCGCCGCCGUUGCUGCGGCCUAUCCCAACAUCAACAGCAACACACAGUCGAAGCAGCCAAUCUACACCUAUCUGACUACAUCGAGCACGUCCAGCCACAAGCAUGAGCCAGCUCCCAGUGCCAUGCAGCCGGCCAUUGUGUACGAGGCGUCUGUGCCAAAGCAGGAGACGCAUCCCGCCAGCAACGGUGCGGCCUCAACCACAGCUGAGGUGGCAUCAAAGAAAGUCAUCGGUUCCAGCUUGGUCUCCUCGGUGUCCGUGGUGCUCGACGGCAAUGAGCCGCAAUUUACGGAUGCCCUGGGCCAGAAGGUGCCCAAGCCGCAGCCCUCGCUGCAGGUGGCCAGUCCCAUAGAUCUGCUCAAUCCCGAUCGCUAUGAGUUCUAUACCUUCGAUGAGCAUGGCGAGCUAGUGAAGCGUCUGAUGACCAUGCAGGAAAUCCAGAGCAUUGUGGCCAAUGGCGACGGCGAGGGACCCUCGAUAAUACACACGGCUCCGCAGCUGGAGCACGAGCCGGAGAAGAAGGUACAGGAUAUUGUGGAUAGUGUGCAAAAUGUGCUCAACAAGGAGGUGGCCAGCAGCUCCUCGAAGAACAGCUCUGGCGAGCUGUUGCCCGUGCUGGACACACCUGACGUCUCCUCCUCCUGGUCGCUUAUAUUGCCAGCCAUCUUUGGCAAUACGGGCGGCGAUAUAUUCCCCCAACAGAAGCCCCAGCAAAUUGUGAUGACACCCGAAUCGGAGGUGCUGGACACUUCGACACGUGCCGCGCCCACCACACAGCGUGCGACCAAGAAGCCAAAGCCCGCCAAGCGCAAGCCGGGCAACCAACGUAAGCCGAGCACCAGCACCACCGAGAUGACACCGCAAGUGGUGCAGGAGGAUUUGGAUCCAUUGGAGUCCGUCUACACGGGCAUACAGCAAUAUCAGCAGGCAGCGGCCAAUAUGCACGACUUUGAUAUCGCGCACAUGCAGCCCAUUUACCAGAAACUGCCCAGCACCACCGCCAGGCCUGAGACAACCACACGACGCGUCUUCUACAACAAUCAGGAGAUAGUACACACGCCCAGUGCCUCGAACAGCACCACUGAACAGCAGCAUCAGCUGGCCAAAAAGCCGGGCAAUGUGCACCGCAAGCCCACACAACCACAUCGCGUGAAGAAACCCAGCGGCAGCACGAGCAGCACCACUCAACCGACUAGCGGCAAGCAAAAGGUAAAGAAGAAGCCAACAACCAGCACCACCAGCACCAGCACCACCUCCACCACCACAACCACACCAGCACCCCCAGCAAAUGCACCCGCUGAGACCGCAACAGCAGCACCAGAGACAACAACAACCACUCAAGCACCUGUCUCGACCACGCCCAAGAAGAAGAAGCGCAAGCCCACGCGCACACCUGGGCACACGGGCAACAACGGCGGCAGCAGCAGCAAGCCCAGCAAACCAAAACGCAAGCCAACCACCAAGCCCAAGCCACAACAACAUCAGCACCACCAAGUCCCUGAACAGGCAGCUGCAGCCACUGCCCCACAGCAGCAGGAGGUCAGCACACAAAAGCCAGCGCGUCCGCAUCGGCCGCAAAAGAAGCCCAAGCCCACAACGAGCAGUAGCACAACGAUGACAACAACCACCGUGGCGCCCACCACCAGCUCAACAACAACAGUUGCAACUGAGCCAACUGCACCACAGCAUGAAUCAGCGGAAAUUGCAGCACCACACGAUACCGAGCAACAGGAGCCCGUGCACCACAAGCCCGUGCAACACGAGCCCGUGCAUCACAAGCCCGCUCCAACGACAACAACGACAACUACAGAGGCGCCCAGAACCACCACCACAGCUGCAACCACAACGACAGCUGCAACCUCAACAACCGCUGCUCCAAGCAGCAGCACCAGCACUUGGCGGCCACCUACACUGCAUUAUGAGAAGCUGCAUGGCAAGCCCGCGCAUGCCAGCACCACUAGCAAGCGACCCACAACGCUGCAUCACCAGAAAAUACACGGCAAGCCUGUGCACAGCGCAGCAACCACUGAGGCCAGCAAGUUGGCCGCCAGCUAUGGCCACAACAAUGCCAAGCCAGUUAAGAGCACAACAACAACCACCAGCACCACACAUGCGCCCGUGUAUCCCGUGCCCAGCUACGAUGCGGAGGCCACCGAGAAUUUGCCCACAAUUGUGGCUGUGCAGGAGGCGGUCAAGGAGGAUAAGACGCAGCUGAAGAAGACGCCGCUGCCGUUGCCAUCGCUGGCUAUGUUGCAACAACAGCUGCAACAGAGCGCACCACCUUCACACCAGGCAGCACAAUUGUCGGCGGUGCAAAUGCUCUCCAUGGAUCAGAUUGUGCAGAGCCUGACACAGGAUCUGUUGGCUGGCGAUAAGAAGAAUGACAAUGCGGCACCUGUGAAAUACGACAGUGCGGACAGCAAGGAGCAGAUGGAAACUUUGGCCAACAACAAGAAGGUGCCCAUCAGCAGCAGCACCACAACCUCAACAACAACCACUAGCACCACCACGACAACAACAACAACCGCAGCGCCCAGGACAAGCACAACAGCUGCGACUACGCCGAAGCCGCUGACCGCGCACUAUGGCGGCAGCACGCUGGCCACCAUGCUGGAUGAGGAGGGGACGAGUACGAGUGAAGACAAGGAAGAGUCCACCGAAUCCACGGGCAACCAGCAGCAAACCACGCUGAGCAGCAUGGAGGUCGGAGCAGAGGAGGAGGAGCAAACGCCCGUUGUGCUAAUAACCGCAAGACCGCAGUACUUUACAACCAACCAGGCACCGGCGCAGCCGCUACUGUCCACGGCCAAGCCGGAGCCGGAGACAACAGAGCUGCCCAGUCAUAUGCAGUUCUUGCUGACCACGCCCAUGGCGGCAUACGACGAGAGCGAGAUGGAGGCGGCAACCACAGACAAGCCCACAGCUGAAGCCAAUCAUGCUGUGGUCGCCGAGCUGACCGAGCAACCCGAGACCAACGAGGAGACAACCACCGAAAUGUCAGCGGCACGUUUGCCCGUCACGGACCGCACCACCAGCACCACCAAUGCCGAUGACGAGAAUAGCACUGAGGUAACGCCAAUGAUAGCCAAUCUGGUGCAGCAGCUCAAUCUGGAGGUGCUCAAGCCAACCGAUCAAAUCUCCAUGGGCAAUUUCCAGACACAGGCAGCCACGGUUGCCUCCACCCUGGUGGAUGGCAGCAAUACACUUGUCUCCGACAUCUAUAUGAACUCGAACGAGACCAAGAAUGAGCUGCAGUUCCUCAUGUCCGAUGUUAUACAGCAAAUCACACAGGAUGAUGAGACAUACAAGCCGGCUGAUGACUCGCAUCGUUUGACCAACUUUGCCCAGCUGAAUACAUCAUUUCUGUUGCCGCCAAGGCCAAGCACAACGGAGGAACCGACGAAGCUGGCGACGGAGCAGGAAAUCACAACUGUGCGACCCAGCCAAGAGGAGCACAGCAAACAGGAAGCUGAUUACAUCAAUACGCCAGCACCGGGGCCAGCUCUGGUGGAGAGCAGCACAUGGCGGUUGCCCGUGUUGUCGCUAUCGCAAAUUUAUGCGCAGCAGCAGCAGGACGAGGAUGAUGAUGAACAGCAACUGUUCGACUCGGAGAGAAUAGAGCUCCUUAAACCAACCGAAGCAGCAGACAAACAGGAACAGGCGGAGGAGAGCAGCAAGGAGACCAGCUUGCCUGAAGAGGUGACAACGGUGUCAGGCGUGGAGCAGCUGCACGACGAAAAGCCAGACGCGCCGGAGCGCGAUAGCGAGGAGCAAAUGCCCGAAAUGUUGACAAAUGGUUACAACGAGCAAAUCCAAGCGGAAGCCACAACAGAACAGUUGGAGGCAGACACCACCGAGCAGGUGCCGGCAGUCGAGGAGCUGGCAACAGCAGUAACAACAACAACAACAGCAGCUGGGUCAACAAAUGUUUACCAGGACGCACAAGAGCAAACAUCCAGCGAGAAGGAACAACAGCAAACAGAGAAAAGCGAAGAGGAUGCAAAAACAGAGGAGUUGAUGGAGGAGGAGCCGAUGCAAAGUGUCGAGGAUAGCGCCACAAAUGCUGCACAGCUGCAGCCGCAAGGCGAGCUGGCCACGGAAAUACCCGGUGAUAUGUCCGUCGUCUCAUCCGAAUCGGACAUGUCGCUCAGCUCCGAGCAGGUCACGGAAAAGCUCGAGCUGAGCACAGUGCGCACCAUGGACCUAAAUGAGGAAGCACUGGAGGAUAUAUCCGAUGAGCUGACAGCCACGCUAACAGAGGAGGAUACCACAAGUGCACAGCAAUAUACGCUAGACGAUGAGGAUCCUUAUGUGAAGCUGGGCGAGACAACGGCCAGUGUGGUGAGGCCGCAGCAUUUGCAGAUCUACAAGGUGGAACAGGAGCAGUCGCUGGAACAGAAACCGGAGCCACAGACGAAUUACCAUCUCACCUUGCCCCUGGCCAGCUAUGGCAAUCAGCAAGCGGACGAAGAGGAUGAGGAGGAUCAGACCGACUAUCAGCUGCCCAUGCUUCUGCCCAGCAGCAGCACAACCGAAAAGGCGGCUACAACGACCAGCAGCACGACCACGCCCACAUCCACAACUAUUACCAGCACCACCAGCAGCCCAACCAUCAGCACCACAACCAAGCGGCUGCACACGCUGAAACCCGUUUCGUACUAUGUGCAGCCCUCACUGCUCGGCGGCUACAAUCAGCUGGAGCCACAGCCGCCCAAGGUGCUGCCCUACAAUGCCAACAGCAACAACCUAGGCCAGCGUCCGAUGCAACGUCCCGCCUCGCUGACCAAUCUGAUGGCCGCCUCCACGCAGGCAACACGUCCGCCCGUCAAACUGGAGCCAAGUCCGCAGAGUUCGCAGGGUUUGGAGGCAUCGACGGCACGACUGGACGAGGAUGUGCUCUCGUUUGCCCGGCUGUGUAAUGAGCUGGCGUUUAGCUACUGGAAGGCCAUAACCUCGGAGAAGAUUAGCUCGGCCAGAAGCUUGGUCAUCUCACCAUUUGCUUUGACCUCGAUGCUGUCCAUGGUGUUCUUGGGCGCACGCGGCAGCACAUCGGGCGAAAUGAACGAAAUACUUAAGCUGGACGAUAUGGUUAGCUUUAAUCCGCAUCUGAUAUUCCGCAACAUAACCAACUCCGUGGAGCAGUCCCUUGAGAGCGACAUCGCCACAGCUGCCUUUGUGCGCGAAAUCUUCAGCGAUCGGGCCAAUGGCAAAAUAUUGCCCUUCUUCAAGGAGAAGACGCAACAGCUCUAUGGCGGCCAUGUGGAGGAGGUUAACUUCCAUGUGGUCAAUGAUAUUGUGCGUCGUCGCACCAACCUGCUGGUCAAGCGUCACACAAUGGGCAAGGUUCUGGAGUAUUUGCGCACGAAUAGCGUUUGGGUAAAUGGUCCGCUGGCCACGGUGUCGGCGAAUCUCUUCCAGACCGAUUGCUCGCGCGGCUCGACAACGGAUCGCGAUGGCGAGAUGUUCUUCCAAGUGCAUCCGACGGUGCGUCAGCGUCGCCUGGUGCCCAUACCCGCGGUCCUCUAUCGCUCCGGCUUUACGGCUGGCUAUGAGCCCAAGCUGGAUGCCACAGUGGUGGCCUUUGGAAGCAUUCAGGACACUGUGAGCACCAUAUACGUGAUGCCCGGACAUCAGAGCUCGGUGUCGCCCACCGACAAUCUGGAUCGUCUGGAGCGCAAUCUGGUCGAACUGGCAUUCGGCCAGGGCAAUGCCUGGAGCAAUUUGUUGACCUCCCUGAUGGACCGGCCGGGCAUGGAGGUACAGCUGCCGCGAUUCUCGCAUCGCUCGUUUGUCAAUGCCUCGCUGGGUCUGCAGAAGAUGGGCUUGAAGGGUCUGUUCAAGUCGGACUUUGCCGAUCUGCGUGGUCUGACGGGCGCUGGCAAUCGGGACAUAUUCCUCUCGGACAUGAUUCAGAUCAAUACGUUCAGCACUUGCGGCGAGGAAAAGAUCUCAGAUCAUCAUCACGUCGAAAUGUAUCCAGCGCCGCCGUUGCGUAAACGCAACAAGGAUGUGGAUGCCACAGACGAUGAUGCCAACGAUUCGUCCGAGGCAAUUGUGGACUUUGGUUCGCUGGUGCAGGAGUCCGUUCUGGGUCGCGGCUUCUACGAUGAUCUGCUUGAUCCCAAGUACUUGGAGCUGCCGCUGCCGUUGCGUCCGCGUCAGGCGCGUGUGCCGGAUGCUCCGCGGCUGCGCUUCGAUAAGCCCUUCCUCUAUUUUGUGCGCCACAAUCCGACGGGCAUGAUACUCUUCAUGGGCCGCUUCAAUCCGCGCCUGUUGCCAUGA